CAUCAAAACCAAGGAGAGGAAACCAUUUUGUAGUUAGCACAACUUCUCAAUGGCCAGCAUAGAGGAUGGUACCAUUGCGUUAGGGCCGUGGGGUGGAUCUGGUGGUACUGCAUGGUCGUUUCAGAAUGCUCGAGCGAUCACCAAAAUCAAAAUUAGCUCGGGAGAUGUUGUUGAUUCAAUUACCUUCCAGUAUAUCGAUGGCGAGUUAGUCCGUUGGUCCCCUACAUAUGGAGGGACCGGAGGCAAGUCUACGGAGAUUGAUCUUGGAACCGACAGUUACCUUACGGCUAUAUCCGGUCAUUAUGGCAAUUAUGAUGACAUCGUCGUCAUAAAGUCUCUUACAUUUGUGAGUACCAAAGGCACCUAUGGGCCAUUCGGUACGAAGGAAGGAACUGCUUUCUCCGUUCCUGUGAAUGGUGGGAAUUUUGUUGGCUUCUUCGGACGUGCCGGCGAAUGGCUUGAUGCUCUUGGGUUCUACUUGAAGCCCACUUCGGCCUAGUUAUUCCAAAUUAUCUUUGGAUUGGAUUGUAAUAAAUAAUGGAGAUACUAUCUCCAAACUCUAUGUGGUUGUAGUUGUCUCUUUGAUCCCUGCUACCAACUAUGUAUGUUUGCUAAAUUUUAAUCUAUUUUAUGAAAAUAAAUGGAAGUGUGAUGAAA